AUGCCUUACAACUCUUCUGAGAUUGACGAAGAAUUGGUCUAUGCAUCUGGCAGAGAAGGACACAUGGUGAAAAUCUUAUCCUACAUUAAUGUGAAACGCUACACUCCUGCUCCUGCUCUUAUAUUUAAUGGUGUUUUGGCUAUUUUCUACAUUAUUCCAGCAGAUAUCAACACCCUCAUUAACUACUUCAGCUUUGCUCAGUGGUUUUUCUAUGGGCUGGCAGCACUGGCUCUCAUAGUCAUGCGCUUCACUAGAAAGGACCUGGACAGACCAGUUAAGAUACCGGUGGUCUUAGCAGGCAUAAUAGUCCUGGUGUCCUGCUACCUGGUCUUGGCACCCAUCAUUGAUAAGCCAGAGCUGGAAUACCUUUACUGUACCAUCUUCAUCUUCAGUGGUCUUAUCCUUUACUACCCAUUUGUCUACCGAAAAGUGAACUGGGGGCGCAAAAUCAUGAGGCCCAUCACUAUGCAUCUCCAGCUGCUAAUGGAUGUAGCUCCUCCUGAGAAAACUGAAUGAGAAGGGAUAACGUGUUUCGGUGUCUACAGGGUAAUGAAAAAUGCUCUUUCUAGUUUUGGAAACAGGAAGUGUGCUCAAAGGGUUAGAACCACAUU